UUUCAUCAGAGGCCAUGGAGCUUUCGGCCAACGAGCUCAGCAUUUAUGACAAGCUAUCAGAGACGAUUGAUCUAGUGAGGCAAACUGGCCACCAGUGUGGGAUGUCAGAAAAAGCCAUUGAGAAAUUCAUCAAGCAGCUCUUGGAAAGAAAUGAACCCCAAAGGGGACCUCCCCGAUACCCUGUCCUUGUGGCUCUCUACAAGGGCCUGCUCACGCUGGGCUUGGUCUUGCUGACUGUUUACUUCGUGAUCCAGCCAUACAGCCCGCUGCCACCCGAAGCUCCGCUCUCCAGAGCCCAUGCCUGGGGCUCCCUCAUCGGUCACAUCCGGCUGCUCUCUCUGCCUAUUGCCAAGAAGUACAUGCUCGAGAAAUGCCAGGACUGGUGGGCAGCAGGUUGCAGACAGAACACUUCUACGCUUCCUGCAAACUGCACAGUCUGUUCUACUGUGAAAAGCCUUCAGAUAGUGACAGACUUCGGAGAACUAUCAGAAAAGCUCCAGAGGUCUCAGCCUUUUCUAAUCAAGACAGGGCAGCAUCUCUCCUAUGAAGAACUGAAGCAUUUUCAGUCCCAGGAUCCAGACCUGGCAGAGGUUAUAAUAGAAGAAAAUUCAGCUGAAUUGUGGAGCUGUCCAUUUUUCUUUCCCUGGAACAAAUCUGUGAAUAAAACUCAGAUUCUGCACGAAUUUUUUCCCACUUCCUCUUUGCUGUCCUUCCCCAAGACGGUGUCCCUGGAGAGCUGCUUCCUCAUCCGCCAUCCAGAUUUGGGGAAUAAGAGCUACAGUUUGCACAGCCUCUUUGCUGUUGGAAGUGGGCAGCUCACCCUGACCGUUGUACCUCUGGACAAGUGCAGAGGACACUGUGAGAUGUUCAAGGUGGAGCUGGAAGCUGGAGAUUUGGGUUAUGCCAGCGCGGAUUACUGGAUGAUGAGCUUCAUGGCCAAAGGGACAGAGCCGGCGGUUGUUUGUGAUGGAGCUGCCAGCUAAGGACAGUGGGGUAGGAAGAUGGAGCUGUUUCCUGGAAAGAAGACUUUCAGCUUUGAAGCCAAGGCAAAGUCUUGAAAGCGAUAGAACUGGGGCAACUGGGGCAGGCAGCGUUGCCACCCUGCAUGUUUACAGUGUUUAAAAAUGACUGUUUUCCUGACCCUUGAGGUAAUUCUUUGCUUUUCCUCAAAUGUGUUUUGAGAGAAGCU